GUGGGUGCGUGCAUUUGUGUUGUCCGGUGUUUGAAGACGCUUGGAAUUCGCUUUCAAUUUCUUCGUAGGAAAAAUGUCGGGUGAUACCGAUAAAGCAAAAAUCAGUGAUAAUCAGGAUGAAGACAAGAAAUCAGUCGGUGGUGAUGGUCAAACGACAGAAGAUGAAUCCUCGCAGGACUCUAAGGGUGAGUCUGUGGCUCAAGGCGACGCACAAGGUAAAGCGGAUGUAGAACAAAAUCACACGGAUGAGAAACAAACUGAAGAAGGCGACGCAAAGUCGACGACGGCCAACGGCAAGGAUGAUGACGACGUAGGCGGUGAAGACUCCAAAGAUGACAAGAGGGAUGCGAAGAGCGAUGACUUAAAGGAGGAGAACGGCGAGACCCACGACGACGAGAAUGACAAAGAAGAUGUUAAGGAAAAUGAUAAGGCGUCUAAGAAAUUAGCACCCAAAAAGAAACCUAAGAAAGAGGACACUGAAGAAGAGGAUGAAGAAGAUGAGGAGGAGGAGGAGGAAGAAGAGGAGGAGGGUGAUGAGCAAGAUGAAGUAGAUGAUGACAAGAAACCAGCUAAAGACAAAGUAAAGAAACCGGUUAAGAAAGCUAAAGAUGCGGAAGACGAUGGCGAGGAAGAGGAAGGUGACGAGGAGGAGGGCGAAGAGGAGGAGGAGGAGGAAGAAGAGGAGGAGGUUGAGGCGCCCAAACCUAAACCCAAAAAGGAGCCGACGGAGCCGCCGGUGCCGCUGCCGGCCGGCAAGGGCACGCCGCUCGGACACAUCAGCAAUGUGGAGGUCUCCCUCUCCCGCUUCAAGACACAGGACCAGAAGCUGCUGCACCAAUAUCUAUACGGACAACUCUGCCUGGACCGCAACGUGAAGCGCAACAUAAAGAAGUUCAAGGGCUACGAGUGGGCGAUCGGCUCCUCCGACUACAAGGCCAAGCUGGAGGAGACCUCCAAGAUGGAGCCCAAGCAGCUGCGCACCAUGUGCGAGAUGUUGGACCUCGAUAAGAAAGGUUCGUCAUCGGAGUUGUCAGCGCGGCUCGUGGGUUUCCUGCAGCAGCCGAACGCGAACAGCCCGCACGCGCGCGGCGUGGCGCGCCCCGCGCCCGCGCAGUCCGCGCCCGGGGGGCGGCCGCGCCGCUCCGCAGCGGUCAAACUGCACAACAGAGGUUAUUCAGAUGAGGAAUAUGAAAGUGAUCCAGAGACGAAAGUUAAAGGCCCUAAACCUAAAACAGACGGUUCAGAAGAUUCAGAUGGUUCGUUCAACCCGAGCGGGUCGGAGGCUGACUCGGACUUCGACCCGGAGGUGGUCGAGGGCGGCGGCGGCGCGGGCCGCAAACGCAAGUCGGGCGGCCGCCGCUCCUCCGCCGGCCGCCCCGCCAAGCGCGGCCGCAAGCCCAAGGCUAAGCGCGGACGGGGGGCGAACAAAUCAGGUCGCGGCAGAAGAGCCAAGUCAGAGAGUGAGGAUGAGAGCGACAAGUCGGAGAGCGAGAGCAACGAGGAGUCCGGCAGCGAGCUCGAUGAGUCAGACCAGGAGCCAAAGGGCAAGCGCGGGCGGCCGGCGGUGGCGAAGGGCCGCAAAGGGCCUGCAGCUAAGAUUGGAGCACCAAAAUCAACACCUGCAAAGAGAAAAGCGCCCACGCCGCCUGCUAAAAAGAAGGCAGCCGGCAAGCCGGUAGGGCGGCCGGCUAAGAAGGGCAAGAAGGCGUCCUCGGAGGAGGAGUCGGGCGAGGGCAGCGAGGAGGAGGAGGAGGCGGGCAGCGAGGUGGAAGAGGAGGAGGAGGAGAGCGGGGAGGAGUCGGACACGCCCGCAGACAAGAAGGCCAAGCGGCCGCCCACGGACGAGGAGAUAAAGAAGUACGUGAAGCAGAUCCUGGACGGCGCUAACCUGGAGCAGAUCACCAUGAAGACGGUGUGCAAGCAGGUGUACAGCCACUACCCCGACUUCGACCUCGCGCACAAGAAGGACUUCAUCAAGGCCACAGUCAAGUCGUGUAUUUAGGAUGUUAGGAGUUAAGGGCGGAGUGUAGAUGUCUACAUAGGAUACCUAUAGUUUAUAAAAGGACAUAGUUAUAUAUUAUUAUAAUAAUAAUAUAUUAUGAAAGAUUAAAAUAUCUAAAAUAAAGUGGAAAGGAUGAUCACCCGCUUUUUCCUUACAAGCUCAUAUCCUCGUGAGCGGCGACUAGUUCGGCCGCACACAUAGUGAAGUAAGCCACACUUUAAUAUUAAAAUUAAAAAAAAUCGCCCGCCGCGGACCUCAACUGAUACAUUAUUUUGUUUACUUUCAUUCUAUAAAUAUAGACAGAAAUCACUUACGAUAAUGAAAAAAAAAUUUUUUUUCUUGUAUUUUAGAAUAUAAUAUUUGGUUCUGGUUUUGUCAUAUUUUUCUGACAACAAUAUUGAUUGAAUAUUAAUGCGACGUUUUUGGAAAUUCCAUUUUAAAAUCCUUGAAAAACAAUGUUGUUGCCAAUUUUUUUCAAAACUGGAACAAAACUAUAAACUCUUGACAGUAGCCCUAUAAAGUUAUAUCUCUAACUCUAACUUUUAAGGGAGAGUCAUAAACAAGAAAUUAAAUUUAAUUACUAAUGUAAUAAUUAAAUAUAUGCAAAUAUAUUUUAUAUUGAUAUUUAAUUAAUUGAUAUUCAAAAAAUUGGCAUAACCAUUGCUAGCUUUUGACGUUUAUUAAAAAAGUAAUAAACGUCAAAGUGACAGACGUCAGUUGUUCCUGUCUAUUUUUGUAGAAUAAAGAAGAGUUAUGUUUGUGUUUAGAGGCGGGGCGGGCGCGCGCCUGUCUAAUUCUAUGUUAUAGGUAUAAUUCCCACUAGUUUAAGGAUAAAGAUUAAUCGCUUUAGAUUUACUGAGUUUCUUUAUCGCGCCUGUAAGGAGAUUUUUAUUGCGACCUCCUUGGUUGAAGUGUGUGAGCCAUGAGUUAGGUACAGAUUAAAAAAAAAUGUUUUAUAAUCUGUAUCAGUUUUAUUGCAAUUUCAACAACAUGGUUACAAUUUUACUAUGACAUUACAAUAUUAUUAAAUAGAUAUUACAAUUUUGUAUAACCUAUGACUUAGGUUAUUAUAAAAGCUAUAUUUUUAUAGUUUUUUAUAUGAGUGUUAAUUUGAAUUGUAUCGGCCAUUUUGACACCCCUAAUGUCGUUACUGUAAUGACGUCAUGGCUCGCAAACUUGAGUCAGGAUUGUGAAGUACAGUUUCUUACGUCUCGCAUCGAAAACGUAUUUGUACAAAGUUCAAUAAUUUGUAUUGUUCAGGCGUGCGACUGAACGACACGACGGCGUUACAAAUGAUUUUUUUUUAAUUUUUCUCUUAAAUAUUUUUUUAAAUUGCAUUUUAUAUCGCGUCGUUUCGUCUACGCCUGUUAUUGUUAGUUGUUUUAACCGUUUCGGGGGAAAAAAGUGUUAAGAUUAUAUUUUUUAAACAGAUGUAGGUUGUAUCUCGCAGGUGUGGUUCUUAUUGCAAAACUAUCAGCUAAGUUUUCUAUUCGUAAGUAAUUAUAAGAUGUGUAAAUACACAGGACUGUCGGCUCUGUUGCAUAUUAUUGGUAUUUUAAUUAUAUGAAUUUUAUCUUAAAAUUUUACACAAAAUGUAUUAAUUUUCAUAUAAAAUUCAUAUAAAACUCACACGAUGUCACAUAGAAAAUGUAGAUUCACAAUUGAUGUUUUAUAGUUUUUUUUUCUAAGACAGAAUAUAGACUUUAUAGUCUAAGAGAAUGUUCUGAUUUUCAAUUAGCAUAAUACAAUAUAGUCUCUUGUUCACUUUGUAAUAGCUUUUGUGGGAUCUUUACGUUUGUACACUUGCAAUAUUCUUCUUUGUUGUUUAGUAGCUUAUUUGUAAUGUUAGGUGCUUGCGAUGCGGUCGCAGUGAAGAUGACAUGAAUCUUUUCGCGUCUAAAAUCGCAUUAUUCCGUUUAACAGUCGAUGUAAAGUUGUGGCCGAAACCGUCGCUAAGUCCGUGGUUGAGCUAAUUUAGUGUAAGUUAAGGUCGGCGCGCACUGAGACGAGCGGUGCGUGCUGGUGCGGAGAUGUUCUGUUAUUUUGUCUAUAUUUAUCUCCAAUCUUGGACGCAUCUUGCAUUGACUUGCACUCGCAUAUUCUGACCAUGUCCUAGUUCCCAGUGUGCGCCGACCUUUAGUGUAAGGUAGUUUUAAUUCAACAUAAAAUGUGUAUUUGUGAAUUGUAACCUUAUUUUUUGGUUGAUGUUUCUUUACAUUGGUGUAAAUGGCCGAGAUCAGUAGAGGCGUAGUGCACGGAGUGAUAGAGUGACCGGUUCCCCUUUUACAAUUGGACUAUAGAUAAUAAAAUAAAUAAAAGUUUGAAAAACG